UCAGAUAACCAGUCGGGCGCUGGCCACGCCGGCGCCGGUGCUCGCCGAGGUCGGGCCGUGGGCGGGGACACGCCGUGCGUCCCGGGUCGAGUUCCCCACAACGGUUUUCCCCAACCGUCUCUGAAGGUAAAUCAGGCGCCAGGCACUUGGAGCCAGGGCAGAAACAGCCGGGAAGGAAGAUGAAGCUCCCCAUGUUCAUAGCAGAUGCAUUUACAGUGACUGCAUUCCGAGGGAACCCAGCUGCUGUCUGCCUCCUGAAUGGCACAUUGGAUGAAGACACACAUCAAGAAAUUGCAAGGGAAAUGAACCUUUCUGAAACUGCUUUUAUUAAAAAACUGCAGCCAACAGACAACUUUACACAAAGUUCCCGCUUUGGACUACGGUGGUUCACUCCAGUGAGUGAGGUUCCGCUGUGUGGCCACGCCACCCUGGCUUCUGCGGCUGUGCUGUUUCACAAAAUAGGGAACACGAACAGCACUCUGACCUUUGUCACCCUGAGCGGGGAGCUAAAGGCCAGAAGAGCCGAUGAUGGUAUCGUCUUGGACUUCCCUCUCUACCCAACCUUCCCCCAGGACGUCCAUGAAGUAGAAGACUUGAUAAAGGUGGCCAUAGGUGACACCCUAGUUCAGGAUAUCCGGUACUCUCCAGAUACCAGAAACCUCCUUGUCAGGCUCAGCGACUCUUACAACAGGUCAUUUCUAGAGACCCUGAGGGUGAACACAGAGACUCUGCCUCAAAUUGAAAACACAGUGAAGGUGACAGGACUCAUUCUCACUCUUAAAGGAGAGCCUGGAGGGCAGACUCCCGCAUAUGACUUCUACUCCAGAUACUUCGCACCAUGGAUUGGUGUGGCUGAGGACCCAGUAACAGGAUCUACCCACACCAUUCUGGGGCCCUACUGGUCUGAGCAGCUCGGGAAGAAAGAGAUGCGAGCCUUUCAGUGUUCCCGCCGAGGAGGACGACUGGACGUUUCCCUGAGACCUGAUGGCCGAGUUGACCUCAAGGGCGGUGUUGCUGUUGUUUUAGAGGGCACGCUGGCGGCCUAGAGAUGCCUGUGCUGGGAUGUCUCUGUGAAACCCUCCUCCGUGGCCCCCUGCCCUGGACUCCUGAGACCCCUGCCCCUCUUUAGGAAUAAGGGCUCUUUCUCGCUUCUGUAAACCGCUUGAUUGCUAGGCUGAGAGGACAAACUGCACUGACCCCAUU